AGUCAUGCAGGAAAACCUCAGAUUUGCUUCGUCGGGAGAUGAUAUUAAAAUAUGGGAUGCUUCAUCUAUGACAUUGGUGGAUAAAUUCAACCCACAUACCUCACCACAUGGAAUCAGCUCAAUGUGUUGGAGUAGCAACAAUAACUUUUUAGUGACUGCGUCUUCCAGUGGUGACAAGAUAGUUGUUUCAAGUUGCAAAUGUAAACCUGUUCCACUUUUAGAGCUUGCUGAAGGGCAAAAGCAGACAUGUGUCAAUUUAAAUUCCACAUCUAUGUAUUUGGUAAGCGGAGGCCUAAAUAAUACUGUAAAUAUUUGGGAUUUAAAAUCAAAAAGAGUCCAUCGAUCUCUUAAGGAUCAUAAAGGUGAAGUAACUUGUGUGACGUACAAUUGGAAUGAUUCCUACAUUGCUUCUGGAUCGCUUAGUGGUGAAAUUAUUUUGCACAGUGUAACCACUAAUUUAUCUAGUACUCCUUUUGGCCAUGGUAGCAACCAGUCUAUUCGGCACCUGAAGUACUCCUUGUUUAAGAAAUCUCUGCUGGGCAGUGUUUCGGAUAAUGGAAUAGUAACUCUCUGGGAUGUGAAUAGUCAGAGUCCAUACCAUAACUUUGACAGCACACACAAAGCUCCAGCUUCGGGCAUCAGUUUUUCUCCUGUCAAUGAAUUGCUAUUUGUCACCAUAGGCUUGGAUAAAAGAAUCAUUCUUUAUGACACUUCAAGUAAGAAGCUAGUAAAAACGUUAGUGGCUGACACUCCUCUAACUGCAGUAGAUUUCAUGCCUGAUGGAGCCACUUUGGCUAUUGGAUCUUCCCGUGGGAAAAUCUAUCAAUAUGAUUUAAGGAUGUUGAAAUCCCCCGUUAAGACCAUCAGUGCCCACAAGACAUCUGUGCAAUGUAUAGCGUUUCAGUACUCGACUGCUCUUACCAAGUCAAGUUUAAGUAAAGGCUGUUCGAAUAAGCCCACAGCAGUGAACAAACGAGCGGUCACCGUGGGCGCUGCCAGUGGAGGAGUUCAGAAUUCUGGAGUUGUCAGAGAAGCAGUCGCCACGGUUCUACCACAGCCUCUGACCACGGCGGUGGAGAAGGGGGUCGCUGCUGUUCCAGACAAAGCAGGUUUGCCUCGAAGCAUAAGCACAGAUAUUUUAUCCAAAGAAACAGAAAACAGUGGAAAAAAUCAGGAUUUCUCCAGCUUUGAUGAUACUGGAAAAAGUAGUUUAAGUGACAUGUUCUCACCUAUCAGAGAUGAUGCUCUAGUUAACAAGGGAGGUGAUGAGUCCAUAGGCAAAGGAGAUGGCCUUGACUUUCUACCACAGUUGAACUCAGUGUUUCCUCCAAGAAAAAAUCCAGUAACCUCAAGCACUCCAGUAUUGCAUUCUAGUCCUCUUAAUGUCUUUCUGGGAUCACCAGGGAAAGAAGAAAAUGAAAAUCAUGAUCUGACAGCUGAGUCUAAAAAAAUAUAUCUGGGAAAACAGGAGCCAAAAGAUUCCCUCAAACAGCUUGCAAAGUUCACCACACCUGGUACUGAAACUGGAAAUCUAAAUGCCUCUCCAUCAUCUAACCUAACAAGAAAUCCUGAAAAAUUUGAAAAGCCAGAGAAAGAAAUUGAAAACCAGCUGAUACAUGAGCCUCCAGUCAGUGGAUCCUCAACUCCAAAUCCAAAGAUAGCAUCCUCUGUCACUGCUGGAGUUGCCAGUUCACUCUCAGAAAAAAUAGUUGAUACCAUUGGAAAUAGUCGGCCAAAUGCACCAUUGACAUCUGUUCAAAUCCGUUUCAUUCAGAACAUGAUACAAGAAACAAUGGAUGACUUUAGAGAUGCAUGCCAUAGGGACAUUGUGAAUUUGCAAGUGGAGAUGAUUAAACAGUUUCAUAUGCAACUGAAUGAAAUGCACUCUUUGCUGGAAAGAUACUCUGUGAAUGAAGGCUUAGUGGCUGAAAUUGAAAGACUACGAGAAGAAAAUAAAAGGCUAAGGGCCCACUUUUGAAAUUUCAGUGAAUACCUUAAUAUUUUGUAAUUUGGGAAGUUUCUGGCAACAAAGCACUACAUACAAUCAUAUUGUUUUUAUGGCCUCUGGGGAGAAAACUUUUUUCUAAGUGAAAGGGUGUUGGGAUUUUACACCAAACAUUAUUUCAUCUUCUCUGUCAAAAAUAUUUAUAUUUUUGUAUUAAAAAUCCUUAGAGUACGUCAGUUACUUAAUAGCAAAGUCAACAGGAUCUUUAUUUUCUGAAAGCUUUGGUAAUACACUAAGUGCCCUUUUCUAUUAGAGAAAAAAUUUGUGCAUAAAAAUGAGUUGUGUAUGUUUUUUAAUAACUUUUAAACAUGCUUUUGAUUUAACAAAUUGCCUUCCAGAUUUUUUUGGGUAGUUGAGGUUUAAAGAGUUUCAUAUGCAUUCUAUUUUUAUGGAGAAACUAAUUUUAAGAUGGCAAUUGGUGUUUCUAAGCCAUUGACAUAAAGCACAGGGUUGGCUAAUAAUUAUUUUGGUAAGAUGAAGUCAGGUAUGACUAUUAUUUAUUACUUGUACAUUUGAUAAGACAAUUUUUGAAAUUUUGAAUUGCACAGAUUACUUUAUACCUUUUUCAUUUAUGUUGUAUUAUACUUCAGACAAAUGUCUACUUCUAGGUCAUACUUUUUAGCUAACUUUACCUGUGAAAAACUUUUAAGGGUUUAUAAGUCUCAUCAAGAACUGUAUAUCCCUGAUUAUCUCAUGAAUUAAUGACACGCAAAAUUACACUGUAAAGUUUCAAUCAACGUGACUCAAUUUAUAAUCACUGAAAACUUCAUAUUAGAUACUAAGUAUUACAGUAUUAUUGCCAUUUAAUUUUCUCCUAAGUGAGAAGUGUGGAUCAGUUUAUUUUAUGGUUUGUAUCAUUAACGUUCACUCUUUUUGUGCUGUGCAUAGUAUUUUUAUAUUAUUGGCCUUACUGUAAAACUAUUUAGAAAGGUUGACUGUCAGAAGAAUUAUACCUCUUUGGCAAUAGGUAGAUACAUGCAUCUACCUGCUGUGACUUACAGUUUAGUAGUAUAAGAUUAGGAGGGCUACUGGUUUGUUUACCUUCUUAUUAUCUCUUGGCCCAAAGAUUUAGGUUUCAUACCUUGUGUAUAGAUCUCCUGCCCAGUUUUGGCUUUUGAGAUGAAAAUAUGUACUAAAUUAAAAUAAAAUAAUCUAGCUUAGUUUACUAACUUUAUGGUUUUUCCAAAGUGAUGAGAAUUUUAAAGGAUGUAUUUAAUAAAUGUGAACAUACUAAUAAUUCCAAAAAUAAAAGCAGGAAUAUCACUUUUUCCUAGUGUGGCUUAGAGAAUGCAUUUGUAUUGAAACACUUAGGGGUAUUAAUGUGAUCUUUUCCUGACAGUUUAUGAGAACAUUAUGACUUGUAACAAGUUUCCUUAUAUAUCGCUAUCAAAUAGGUUUAGAAGACAAUAUGAGUGUUCUUUGCCUCUAUGCCAUUUUUAAAUGUAUUAAUAUUUUCCUAUUGCCUUUUUCCAUAAAUGCAAAUAAUGUGUAUUAAAGGAG